AUGUCGGCCCUUGAGGCGCGCGAACUCAAGCAGCAGGGAGCCAUCGAGGCUGCCCAAAAUCCCCAGAGCCUGGUAUCGGCUGAGGAUGCUGAAAGGGUUCUGGUCGAGCAGGCCAGGAGCGCCGGUGUUCCUGGCUUUUCUUUUGAUCCCAAUGCCACUAUAGAGGAAAAGCGUGCUCAAGUUGCUGCUGCUAUCCCUCCCGGACUUCACCAUAUCAGGCAAAAUAAAGCCACAGCUAUCGCAACUGAUGUCGACGACGGCACUGGCCCAGAUGAAGAGCUCCCGGAACCGAGCAAAGAAGGCGCCGUUGCAGUGGGCAAAGACGAGCAAAGCAAACACCUAGCCAAUGGAGUCUCGGAGCCUGUGGAAGAAGAAUUCUCACGCACUGGCUGGGCUCCUCGAAUUGGAUGGCCUGUCGAUAGCACACUUGCCGGUGAAAGUCUGCUCGAUCACACCACAUGGGUCGAGAGCCAGCUGCCAGAUCAUCUAUACGGAGAUUGGUAUCACAACGCUGGCGUCAUCAUCUUUGCCUGCAUCUCUUCAUGGCUAGUGGCGGUUUUCGGCGGCGGUAUUGGUUGGGUCAUCAUGGUUAUGGCAAUUUGCGGCACCUACUACAGGACUUCUCUGAGGCGAGUGCGCCGAAACUUUCGCGAUGACAUCACUCGAGAACUUGCCCUCAAGAAGCUUGAGACUGACCACGAGUCUCUCGAAUGGAUCAACUCCUUCCUGGUCAAGUUUUGGCCCAUCUAUCAGCCUGUUCUCGCCCAGACCAUUAUCAACUCCGUCGAUCAAGUGCUAAGCUCCGCAACGCCUGCCUUCCUUGACAGUUUGAAGCUCAAGACGUUUACACUGGGCACCAAGCCUCCCCGUAUGGAGCACGUGAAAACGUAUCCCAAUGCAGGAGACGACAUCGUCAGAAUGGACUGGAAGUUCAGCUUCACGCCAAAUGAUACUGCCGACAUGACUUCGCGACAGAUUAAGAACAAAAUUAACCCCAAAGUCGUACUGGAAAUCCGAGUCGGAAAAGCCAUGAUCAGCAAAGGCCUUGACGUCAUCGUAGAGGAUAUGUCCUUCUCCGGCAUUAUGCGAGUCAACAUGAAGCUGCAGAUUCCCUUCCCCCACGUUGAGAAGAUUGAAAUGUGUUUCUUGGAGAAGCCAACCAUCGAUUAUGUUUGCAAGCCCCUCGGUGGUGAAAGCUUUGGUUUUGACAUCAACUUCAUCCCUGGUCUGGAGAAGUUCAUCUUGGAACAGAUCCACGGCAAUUUGGCUCCCAUGAUGUACGCUCCUCAUGUCUUCCCUAUCGAGGUCGCCAAGAUGCUGGCUGGAUCCCCAGUGGACCAGGCGGUUGGCGUGCUCGUUGUGACUCUCCAUGGAGCAUUCAACCUCAAGAACACUGACAACUUUGCGGGCACUGUUGAUCCUUAUGCAAUUCUUACUCUUAAUGGCCGCCAAGAGCUUGCACGAACCAAAACUGUCGAUGACAAUCCUAACCCCAGGUGGAAUGAAACCCAUUACAUCAUUGUCACAUCCUUCAACGACACUCUCAAUAUUCAGGUGUUUGACAAGAAUGGCUUCCGCAAGUCCAAAGAACUGGGUAUGGCUUCUUUCCCGUUGGAGAGAAUUGAGGAUCUUCAUGUGUACGAAAAUGAGCGUCUCGAAGUUGUUGGUGGCGGUAAGAACCGUGGCGUAGUCUCUUGUGACCUCCGCUUCUUCCCCGUCCUUGAAGGCCCGGUAGGCGAAGACGGUAAAAAGGGGCCUCCGCCAGUCUCUAACCAAGGUAUUCUACGCUUUACUGUCGAGCAGGCCAAAGACUUGGAUGGGACCAAGAGUCUUGUUGGCCUUUUGAAUCCCUAUGCUGUCAUGUUCCUCAAUGGCAAAGUUGUCCACCAGACAAAGAAACUAAAGCGAACCAAUAACCCCAUCUGGGAUAACGGAUCCAAGGAAAUUCUCAUUACAGAUCGCAAGAAGGCCAAGCUCGGUGUUACUAUCAAAGAUGAACGAGAUCUGUCCUCUGAUUUGACUCUCGGCAAAUACCAGAUUAAGCUCGACGACUUAUUGGACUGCAUGGAACAAGGCAAAGAGUGGUAUCACCUUUCAGGAGCCCAGACUGGUCGAGUGAAAAUGAUGGCACAAUGGAGACCAGUGGCUAUUUCAGGUGUUUCUGGCACCGGCGGUUACAUGACUCCGAUUGGUGUCAUGAGACUCCAUUUCAAAAAGGCGAGUGAUCUCCGCAAUUACGAGGCUUUUGGCAAAUCUGAUCCCUACGUUCGAGUGCUUCUUUCUGGGAUUGAUAAGGGACGAACGGUAACUUUCAAGAAUGACCUGAACCCCGAAUGGGACGAGGUUCUCUAUGUCCCCGUUCAUUCUGCACGGGAAACGCUCACCCUCGAGGUCAUGGACGAAGAAAAGCUUGGCAAAGAUCGCUCCCUCGGACUGUGCGAAAUUUCCACCGCCGAUUUUGUUCAACAGGAUGAGAUUGGCGAGUAUCUCGUCAAUGAUACAAAGCAUGUUUUCCAAAGUGACCUUCGCAUGCAUGGAAAGGGUAUUGCCAAGGGUACGCUGAUGUAUACUGCUUCGUUCUUCCCUUGCCUCAACGUCGCCGAUCCUGAGGAGGAGGAAGAGGAAGCAGAGGAGGCCAAGGCCGCAGGCGAAGAGCCUAAAACUCCCUCUGACAGACCACUUAGCUCCGCAUCCAAGGCUGCAUCUCGAACGUCUCUCGACGUAUCUAGGAAGUCAGUCGACGUAUCCAGGAAGUCAGUCGACGUUUCCAGAAAGUCAGUGGAUACAGGCAAAUUAAGCCCUAGCCCUGGAGAAGACGGCCGGCCCAUAUCACCAUCGUCUAUGAGAUCAUCGUUGUCGAUAGAGAAGAAGGGUCCGCCAAAGAUUCAUCUUACCCCUGAAGAGCUUCUCAGGUACGAGAGUGGUAUUCUUAUCUUCAGACUCAUGGAGUCAGAGAUGCCGGAGAGGGACAGCCACUUGGAGAUUUUCGUAGACGACAUGGCCUAUCCAUCUUAUACGUCUUCAACGGUGCCAUCAAAGUCGCAUAAAUUCGACGAGAUUGGUGACUGUGUUAUCCGAGAACUUGAAUUUUCUCGCCUAACACUCAAGGCGCGAAAGAAGGGUGAUGACGUUGAUGAUACUUUGGCAUACUUGGCCGGCAACACGAUGGAGACGCUCAAACAAUGUCUGAACAACCCCACAACAUUAAAGUUCAAGAGCGACGACGGCAGGACUAGUUGGGUCAAGGUCAGCCUCAAGUAUAUUCCCCUCAAAAUGGAUCUCGAUCCAAGUGAGAGUAUCAACAAUAUGGGCAACCUCCGCGUAGAUGUCUUGAGCGGCUCAGACUUGCCUUCAGCCGACAGGAACGGAAAGAGCGACCCUUACUGCAAAUUCGAACUCAACGACGUGGAGAUAUACAAGACAAAGGUUCAGAAAAAGACAUUAUCGCCAGUGUGGAACGAAUUCUUUGAGGUAGCUGUGCCAUCGAGAACAGGGGCCAAGUUUAUCUGCAACGUCUAUGAUUACGAUUUUGCCGAUAAGCCCGAUUUCCUAGGCGCCACUGUCAUUAGACUAGACACCAUGGAACCUUUCAAGGCGAUGGAGCAGACCUAUCCACUAGAUGGCAAGUCAGGAAGCAUCAAGCUUAGAAUGGUUUUCCGGCCUGAUUACAUCACUCGAGCCAGGCAGGGGACAUCCACGUUCCAGGGCACCUUUGGCGGAUCUUCGCGUAUUGUCACCGGAGUAGCUGGCGUGCCGUUCAAGGGAGGCGCCGCAGUGGCUGGGGCCGUGGGCCACGGCGUGGGCAGAGGUGCUUCUUUCCUGAAGCGCGGUAUCCUUGGCAAAAAGGAUCGAGAGAACUCGAAUGGUUCGUUGACAGAGCUAGCAGAGGCGCCAAUGGUGCCGGGGGUGCCUAGCAUCGUUACGAAUGGCAGUGAUUUCCCUGCCAGCAACAGCAGCUCCAGGCCCACAACUAGUGCUGUCGACAGUUCUAGGGAUUAUCCUCCGCAUUUGAUGCCAGAGGGCGGCUCUGGUCAUAAUAGAACUAGGAGCUUCGGCAGCUCUUCUGUUCAUAGUGCCGUCGGUGUUGGCGCACCAACCGGAACAGCUUCGCUUACUAUCGUGGGAGCUGCGGGAUAUCCUCACUCGACAGACUUGUAUAUCAUCGUAUCGCAAAUCGCGCCUAAGGAAAAGCUUGUUGGUAAGACGAAGCACUACAAGUCACCUUCAGGACAGUGGAACUUUGACGAGACGUUCCGCAUCAGCUGCACCCCAGACGCACAAUUCAAGAUUGAAGCCAAGGGUGAACACAUGUUUGGCAGUGAUGAUAGUUUAGGCGAGUUUUUCUACUUUGUGGACGAAACGAAUUCGCCAACUCCGAAAGAGCUCACCGUAGGCGGUGGCUUUGUAACUGUCAAGAGCUCGUUUCAGCCUGCAGAGGAGAAAUAUCCCGACAGCCCCAAAUCGUUUUCGCGACAUAAAUUCUUGAGCAAGCGAGAGCCACGGAGUCGAGAAACGACACCAAACCCUUGA